CGAGUGACGAGCAGACUGCUGCUGCUCCGUGUCAUCUGAGAAUGGAAUAGCUAACCGAGCUCGGGCAUCAGGAGAUCAGGAGAUCGCGCCUGUUUUACUGCCCCAACAUAGGGACUUCAGUCUUCCGGAUGACACCUGAUGAAAGUUGUGGAGCCCAGCCGGGCCAGAGUCGUGCCUUGUGAGGCGGAGCGGUGUGGAGGAUCCGGCGGGUCGGUCUGCUCUCUCUGCCCGCCUGCUUUGCGCUGUUUGCGGAUGCGAGUCGGACAGAGGAGAAUAUGAGGAUGGUGAGGUGUGAGGAGUGAAUAAGCCGAGGGAGGAGGAGGAUGGAUCUCCGCUCACUGGACGUAUGGAGACGGCCUCUGGCGUGUUAUUCUGAUAUUUGACCUCAUCCGGGAUCUCACACGCCUUUACAUCGCUUGUCAGGAUGGAUGUUUGGGGCGGCGAGUCGCCGCAGGCCCGCCGUUCACUCAACGGAGCCUGAAGAAGCAGCAGCAGCAGGAUAGAGACGGUUUUAACCCUCUAUGGCAUGGUGUUGCCUUCAGGCAUAAAAACAUUUAUUUGAUUAAUUUUUAAUAUAUAAAUAUUUAAAUUAAGCCUGUUUUGGCUGGUUUGUUUUCAUUUAUCUAUCCUAAAACAGGGAUUUUAAGUUUGUUGCCUCAGGACAAUAUUAUAAAGUUCACAGACAUUCAUUCUAAAACAGUGUUUCUUAAAAGUGUGGAGUGAUUAUAUAAACAGGGACCCACACAAGCUCCUAAAAGUGGUCUGAUUUUCUCUUUAACAAAUAUAAAAAAAACUAUCGUGCUAUAGAGGGUUAACGACGUGGAUGGAGAUCAACCACUUGGUUGAAAUAACAUGACUGGGAAUUCUCGCAAAGCUCAAGCAAGCAGCAUGCGCUCAAGUGUAUAGCCCCGCCCUUCGACGGAAAUAGCCAAUCAUCUUGCUGGAUACGCUUCGAGGGGCGGAGCGUCAGCGUGCUAGUGGGCAGAGCUGGGAAGAUCUGCGCAAGCGCAGUAAACACACCGAGACGAAAAAUCAUGUUUUUUGUGCGUUAUGGAGACAAACUCUACAAACUGUUCACGAGGAGCUUGUUAUAGUUGAUUGGUGAUUUUAAAUAUGAUAUUGAAAUAGUAAUUAGACCUUCAGUUUAGCGUGUUUCGGUCUCGUCCCAUUCAAACAGAUAGGAGGCUGGUCUUACAUGAGUGGAUCUAGCGUUAGUUAGCGGAAUGCCCGGAUGGCCGCCGAGUGAACCGACUCGCUUGUAGCUAAAGGCUUUUCUGCUACUGUUCUGUUGCUAGGUUAGCAACCUAAGCUAAGCUAGUAGGAUAGUUAGCUUAGCGGCGGUGCUAGCCGCCAGCUGUUUUUGCUGCUUUUUUGUUAGCUCGAGAUUUAUUAAUUAAUACCUUAAAAAGUACACAUUUAGCGGCGUACAAUGUAAGCUAAUUCUCUCCUCUGGUUCUGGAAAGAUGGACUAUCCCCGCAGAAGCCAGAGCUAGCUGAGGGUUAGCUUAGCUAUCUAGCGGUAAUGUGGCGAAACUGGAUCUGACGGUUGCGCCUCGGGUUCGGGUCCGUUUUGUCGGAGAGAGCCGAGCCGAACUGCUAGCGUUACUAGGUUAGCUAACUUAGCUAACGCUAAUAAUCCGGCUACCUGACAAACAUUAACCAUUGGACUGGAUAAAGGGGGUCUUUUCCCUCCUUGAAGAAGAUUUUCCUCACCGUUUUCCAGCCUCAACACGAACUGAGAUGGAUAAACUGACCAUCAUUUCAGGGUGCCUCUUUCUGGCUGCGGAUAUUUUUGCCAUAGCUAGCAUUGCGAAUCCGGACUGGAUCAACACGGGCGAAUCUGCAGGUGCCCUGACUGUGGGUUUGGUGAGGCAGUGUCAGACCAUCCACGGGCGAGACAGAACCUGCAUCCCGCCUCGAUUGCCUCCCGAGUGGGUCACCACGCUCUUCUUCAUCAUCAUGGGCAUCAUCUCCCUCACGGUCACGUGCGGCCUGUUGGUGGCGUCACACUGGCGCAGAGAAGCCACAAAGUAUGCACGAUGGAUCGCCUUCACAGGAAUGAUCUUGUUCUGUAUGGCGGCGCUCAUCUUCCCCAUCGGAUUCUACAUUAACGAAGUGGGUGGGCAGCCCUAUAAGCUGCCUAAUAACACCGUGGUGGGCUCCUCCUACGUGCUCUUUGUGCUGUCCAUCUUCUUCACGAUAGUGGGGCUGCUCUUCGCAGGGAAAGUGUGCCUGCCCGGAUGAGGGCGCCAAUAGUCCAGGGUCAGCCGGGGAUUUGUUUUUGUUUGCAAAGAGGAACGGGAAUACUAGCAGCACUCGAGGAGCACUGGAGGAGGAGGAGGAGGGGCAUCGUCGGAUACUGAUGGUGAUUGGGAUGAUGGUGACUCAACUGAUCAACUGAAUAACCCGAAAAACCAACUAACCAACAAAGAACUCACGAAAUGACCAACGAAAUGACCAUGACCAUGACCAUGGACUCAGUGCUGAGCUGGCAAAGCUAUAAGAGGGGUCUCGGCCCAUCUUUUCCUUUUUUAUACCCAGAAUCAACCUGAGCUUAUUGGAUGGAGUUUUUGUUCAGCCUGUUUUUUAUGUUGCACUUCAGAGGUCACUAUCCUAGAGCUAGUAUCCUAGGAUCAUCCUGGGAGGCCAUGGGAGCGAGUGGCAGUGGUGGAGGAUUGGAGGACGCCGGCUGUGGACAUGGUGAAGGAAUCGCAAAUGUCCUGCAGCUUUGAGAUGCUUUUGAACAACAUGCAUCAUGGCUUUCCUUCCUUUUUUUUUUGUUCAAUUUCCAUGUCCCACACGUUUCCUCCAUCUUUGUAGUUUUAUAUAUACGGAUAUGGCGCCCCCUGGAGAGGAAUGACUGACUGGCUGCUGUGAAAAAUUCCAGGCUGUGGCACCACAAGUGAAGGAGGUGCCCUGAGGCUGGAGCUCUUUGGAGCUCGUUUCCACCCUUUCUACCCUUUCCACACUUUUCACUCUUUCCCCGUAGUGGGGCUGGAUGGGGGAAUUGCUCAGGCCACAGUGCCCGUAGAGAGGAGCCACAGUGCCCCCUUCAGUCUGAAUGGAUGCUGCACACAACGGAAGCGCCCCAGCCUGAGAUCCCAGAGAAAAGGGAGCAGUAUUUGAAUUUUCGACUGAAUUUCACUGAAAUUUAAGCACAUUUUGAUAGAAACACAUAAUGACAAAAGACAAAAGCACUACUAGGACUGCCGGUCAGGACCCUGUGAGGCCGUGCCUCACUGUGCUAAACCUUCUUGCCUGGGAAACGUAUUACCCGCACACUCGCAUACAUACGAUUAUGGAUUAUUAUUAUUAUUAUUAUUAUUAUUAAGGACACGCCUUUGGAUCUGGUGACCAAAAUGAACUUCUCCUAUCUGCCCUCAUGUGCAUACUAGUGCAUACCGGACAUCAUUAAUUCAGUCCAUCGGAAAGAGAGACUGAACAAGAGACUGCGAAUCAGAGAAGUGCUUUGUCCUUUUAACCUGAUCACCCUUUUGUUGUCUUGAUUUGUAAUUCUGACUCUGUUGAAUUUGUUGUUUUUGAUUUUUUUUUUCAUUUGUUAACGUGCCAUUAAUCUGUUUUUGUUUUGUUUGGAAUGAAUGAAUACUAAGGGCAGGACUCUGUUAUAGGGAGCACUGUGAGGUAUAGCCAUUAGUAGGUGAAGCACCACAUUGCAGAUGUACAAAAAAGAGAGAACUCCUUACCUCAUUGUUUUGUAGUUCAAGCUCAAUUUUUUUUCCCUUCUUCGCUAACCACGACAGUGUGUGCCCUGUACGUUAUGUCUUGCCUUGGUCAGAAACAUUUCGCUAAAAAAGAAAAUGCUGUGAUCAUUGCAACAAAUUAUUUAUCUGACACUGAAUAAUAACAGGAAAGGUCGAAUGUGUGUGUGAUUAAGUGAGUGAAGUAAAUGAGUGACUGGCGAAAAUCAGUUCUGUUUGUUUAUCUUCAGUUUUUGAAGUAUAAGAAUCCCUAUUUUAAAGCUGUGCAUACGCGAGAGAGUAUGUAUGUAUAUUGACAGUAAAUUGGAACUGAGAAUUAUUUGUAUGAUUUUGAUGUUUGAUUAUGGAUGUUCUCAAAUGAAGGUUGACCCCGCCCCCCAGUUCCUCAUGAUAUGUGUUACUGCUCUUACUGUUUUCAACCUUUACCACAGUGUUUUAGGGCCACUGUUGAAAUAAAAAUAAUAAUGUUACAGCUAGAGUUACAGAAAUGUGGAAUAAUAUUAAAAAAGUAAAUUAUUAUAAUAUUAUUAUAUUAUAUUAUUAUUCUAUUCUAUUAUUAUUAAUACAGUAUUACGGCUUAAUUAUCAAAAUACUGUUAUUUUGAGAAUUAAGCCGUAAUAUCGUAUUAAUACAUUUGUAAUAUUUAGAGAUUUAAAGGGUAGUCAAUAUAUUCAAUUCAUGAAAUAGGAAUACUUAAAAAAUAAAAUGGUAAUAUUUAAAAAAAAAAUAAGUUUUAGUAUUUUGAGAUUAAAUUUGGAAUUUUGAGAGAAAAGUCUUAAUACUUUAAAAAUACGGUCGUAAUAUUCUGAGAAUAAAGUUGUAAUAUUUUGAGAGAAAAGUCUUAAUAUUUUGAAAAUAAAUUCAUAAUAUUGGUAUAAUUAAGUAAUAAUAUUAAAAAAGUUGUAAUAUUAUAACUUUGUUCAAAAUAGGAGGAUUUUAACUUGAAAUAUUGCCACUCUUUGCAGAAAUAUGGAAAUAUAACUUUCAUGUCAAAAUAUUUCAACUUUUAUUUUUAGGAAAUAUGACAUUGUAUUAUUUUUUGGCAUGGUAUUAAAUGUUUGGAUUUACUCUUAAAGACAAUUUUUUUAUAUAUACAGCGGCCCAAAACAUUGUAAACUUUGACAUCAAACAUUUAUCUAAGGAAAAUCAUUUCAUCAACAAUUGCCUUUACAGCCUUUAUUUAAUAUUAUCAUAAGCAUUUUUAUAAAAGCGCCUCUCUUUCCUGGAAGUAUUUGCAUAGUUCUCAAGAAAGGAUGGGCAAAAAUAGAGAAAAUGCCUAACACCGGUCUGCAUUCGUAUUAAACCCAGAAAAAUGAGGCUUUCCUGGUCCGGCAGAGUUGGCAAAAUAUAUGAUGUGAUAGGAAUUCUAUAGGAACUCAGUAUUAAGAAUAAGCUGCAGGGCGUGGUAUCAGGGGUAUGGUAUAUAGGUAAAGGCAGGAGUGAUAGACAUCACAUACUCUCAUCUCAGUUCUACUUCUGCUUUGGUUUUAGGAAGAAAAGAAAAACAAACCUGUAAUUAAAAGCUAAAUAAAAAUUGACUUUACAUUAAAGGGUAAUGAAUAGUAUUAUUUAUGGUUACAAAAGGGAAGAAUACAAAUAUAUGAAUAAGUGUUAUCUAUCAAAGAAUGAUUUAGCAUUCCUUGUGCACAGUUACUGUUACAGAUUCAUAUUACUGGCAAGACAACUGUUUUUCUUCUGCUUCACUUUGUUUCGAUAUUUCACUGUAUACAAUAAAAGGCAUUAAAAAGCCUUACUGUU